ACAACGUUCAGGGCAGAGAACGUAAAGAAUACUUUUAUCGAAUAUUUCAAUUCGCUGUUGAAACAUAGGGCACAGUCUUGGCAGUAAGGUUCCCUGUCUUAUAUACUAUUAGACUCACGAUCAAAAGGAACCAGUGAGAGGGAUCGGAAAUCAUAAUUUUCGAAUAAAUGAUACUGUGAUAAAACGGGCCAGUUCACAUUUCAAAUAAAAGAUCUAACUUGAUAUAAUAGAAAACAGUCUUCUGCAAAUUGAAUCAGAAAUGCGUAAAAAAGGAACCCUGAAAAGGACUUAGAUGUUAAGGCCCCUUUUACUAUGGGUGUUUACCAACGCGCGGCUGCACAUAAGACCCUGAAGUACAAGAGCGCCGUCAGACUAAAAGACACGGAAUGUAAUGCGUCUACGAGCGCCCUCGCGGCCUCCGCCUCGCCAGCCUCCGCGUCCGGCCUCCACCGCCGCCCCGGGAGGGAGGAGGCCAGUCCCCAUGUCCUCCUCUUACUACCUCAGCGAGUCAAGAGUUUGCCCGUUAAGGAAGCGCCUCGCCCGGACCACGCGCCAUCCUUAGAGCUGUCCUGCGACGCUUUGUGCCGACUGCCUCGCGGGCUAGAUAUCCUGGAGGAUCUGCAGCGACAAGGGGACGGCCUCGCGUCGUCCCUCCGCUUGGCUCGCGGGCCGGCCUCGGGCUCCCCCCACGCCAAGGAAAUCUCUCGGCUCGCGGACUCCGAUACUCCGAGAUUGCUGGCGACCCGUGACUCCACCUCCGCUUCCCUUUCUGCCAUACCGACGGGACCCACGAGGCUCCCCGGCGACGCAUCCGCUAGCCGAGGCGUCGACCUCCCGCUUCGUGGAGGAGAACCUGUCGUCGUGGGGCUCCCGGAAGAGCCUGCCCCCGACGCCCCUGGACGGACCCCCUCGCUCCCUCCGCCGGCUGGCCGCGGGAGCCCCCGACCCCCUGCCGAGGCGUGGGCUCCCCCCGCCGGGUACCAGGUGAUGGGGAAGCCUCGGUCGCACUGCUUCCCUCGUAGGAGCGGCUGCCCGACCCUCCCGCGCCUGACGCUGGUGCUGACGCUGCUGGUUCUCGCCGCAAGCAGAGUGCAAGGCGAGGGCAGAGAGCCUCGGAUCACCGAACACCCGACGAACUGGACUGUGCCGCGCAAUGACCCCGUGACCCUCAACUGUGGCACCGAGGGCCGUCCCGAACCCGUGAUCACGUGGUACAAAGACGGCGUCCCGGUGAAGCCCUCCCCGCAUCGUUUCAUCCUGCCGACGGGCUCGCUGUUCUUCCUGAAGGUGACGCAGAGCAAGAAGGAGAACGACGCCGGAGUCUACUGGUGCGUCUCCACCAAUCGGCUCGGGAGCGCGAGGUCGCAGAACGCCUCACUGCAGAUUGCUUUUCUGAGAGAUGACUUCCGAACCUCGCCGACGGGAACGCGGGUGGUGGCCGGGGAGAGGGCGGAGUUGGAGUGCUCCCCCCCUCGCGGCCAUCCGGAACCCCUUGUACUGUGGAUGAAGGACGGUAACAAACUCCCGCUGGAUCACAGAGUGUACGUUGGCGAAGGAGGGAAACUCAUCCUCACGGAGACUCUGCAGACUGACGAAGGAAGCUACACGUGCGUCGCCUCCAACCUCGUGGGCACCAGAUUCUCCGAGCCGGCUAUACUGGCUGUGCAGGUGCGCCCCUUCUUCGUGCGUCUCCCUGGCGACGUCACAGCGAUGACCGGAGGAGAGGCCAUCCUACGGUGUCGUGCUGGAGGGUCGCCGCCCCCUCACGUGCUCUGGAGGAGGCACGACGGUCGGAUGCCGGUCGGUCGGGCGCGCCUCGAUGCCGACUACACCUUGAGGAUCACCGAACUCACCGUGGACGACGCUGGGGUCUACAUAUGCCAGGCCGAAAACGCCGUCGCUACCGUAGUGGCCAACGCUACGCUGACUGUCUAUGACUCGCCUCGCUUGGUAUCCGGGCCCGUGGACGUGUCUGUGGUGCUGAACACGACGGUGCGCCUUCCCUGCUACGGGCGCGGCACUCCCCCGCCCACGCCCGUGUGGACGCACUCCUCCCUGCCGCAGCAGCCCCUUAGCCCCGGGUGGGCGGGGCAGCUCGCCUCCGUCACCAGGGAUGGCACGCUGGUGCUCACGCCCGCGACCGAGGACCAGGGGGGUUCUUGGACCUGUUCGCUGGUGAGUGAGGCCGGAGCCGCCCACGCCCGCGCCUGGCUCACUCUGGUCGCCCCCCGAGACACCCCGCCGCCCAUCAUCAGCGUCCCGCCCGCCAAUCAGACUCUCCCCGCCCGAACGCACGCCACGUUGCACUGCCGCGUGCAGGGCCCACCUACGCCCACGCUUACCUGGUAUCGAGGGGCGGCGCCCGUGAGGACCGACGGAAAGAGGAUCUCCGUGAGCAGGGAAGGCGACCUCACCAUCACGAGCCUUCACGAGACCGACAGCGGCUGGUACACCUGCCUGGCCGAGUCGUGGUCUGGUUCUGCCCAAGCCUCCGCCUCGCUGCUCGUCGUGGGCGGCGAGGACCCUCAGGCCGCCCGCAGCUUCCGUCGCGCGCCCGUGCCCUCCGCCCUGCCCGGCCCGCCCUCCCGCCCUCGCGUGACCAGCCUCACCAACGCCUCCGUCACCCUGGUGUGGGCGCCUCCCAUCUCCGUGGGCGAAGCUCCUCUUCUGGGCUACACCCUCGAGUCCUUCACGCCCACGGGGGAGAGCAGGACCGGCCAGUGGCGUGUGGUGGCGCGCGGCCUCACCGACCCCCGCUACACCGCCACCCUCGAGACCGGCCGCCCGCAGGUGUUCGUGGUGCGGGCGGCCAACUCGCUCGGGGAGUCACCGCCCUCGCCCUGGUCGCAGGUGGUGGUCGUGGGCGGCCCCGAGAGCGUGACGCGCCUCGAGCACCUGGGGCCGCUGCAGGGGCGCCUCCUCAACCUGUCCUCCCUGGCGACCCUCACGUCCUCGUCCAUGAAGAUCACGUGGAAGGUAAGUGCGGCGUGGGCCUUCGCUUGGUAGAGGAUAGACAAAGGAAAAUGCAUAAAUAGAGGCAAUAAAUGACCAUACAUGAGAAAAAAUAGAAAGAAUGGGGGGUAAAACAGCAAGAGCAUAGAUGGGAAAAUCGAUAUUGUCUUUAAGAACACAGUCGAUUAUCAGACCUGAUGAUCCAGAAUAUGACCUCCGAUCAGUAAGGGAAAUAAUCCUAAAAAAGAAAAAGAGAAAUAAGUAACGAAAAUAAAUUAGAAUACCCGCUAAAGAUAAAUAUCAAAAUAAGUGAGAGAAAAAAAAUGAAAGAAGACGAAUCGUUUAUGUACAUGUGACUCUUAGAUAUAAAGAGACCGAGAAAGAGGGAAUGAACCUUAACUGAUGAAAUUAUAUUGUGAUAAGGAAGUUUAUAACCACAGACACAAAUACAUAACAUAAGAUGAAACAAUUACAUAUAUCCAAGUACAUGCAAUCACAAAAUAACGAGAUAAAUCAUGAAUUGAAUGAAUCUAACAUAAAGGCCACCGACCUCAAGCAAUUAUUAACAAGGGAACAUGAAGACAAACAAGUAAACCUAACCUCACUACAGAUACCUAACGUUCCUGAGUAAAGGAUAAACACAAUUUGAUUAUGUUCUGGUCCACGAGGUCU